UCAGUAUAGAAAAGUUUUUUAUUUGUGUACUUGCUGGUUUUAUUUUGCCGGACAAAAAAGAUGUUAAAAAUUUUAAUAAAAUUAUUAUUUUUUAUUUUACUAAAGAAGGCGUUGGCCGGUGACUCUGAAAACAUUUAUAUUUAUCAAGAAGAAGAAGUUACUAAAUGCCUAGUGGAUGAUGUUCAUUUUGAGCCGGGAAUAUAUAAGAAACCAUUUCCAAAUAAAUGCAUGUAUAUAUAUUGUACGCCUGAUGGUAUUGCAACUAUUGCAACUUGUCCACAACAUGUGAACCCGCCAAAAGAUUGUGAACACGGUCAAUAUUUAUAUCCUAAUGGAGACUAUCCGAAAUGUUGCCGUAAGGAAAUUAUAUGUAAAGAAGAUAUUUAA